AUGGACUGGGCGAUAGCUAAAGCUGGCAUCGAAGCUACACCAAAAACAGUCAUUUACACCAUACUGAUCACCUUGUCGCCGUUCAUCCUCAUUGCUCUGUUCGCCCUCUCGCAGCGUGACAGGCCUGUGCCGCCACCGGCAGGAUGCAGGAAACUUGGUGUGCGGGGUCGUGGCAAUUUCGAGGACCAGUAUUCCAAGAAGUACGCCAAAGGUGCUGAUGCCACCAAGGAGCAGCCAUGGACGGUCAAAGCGUUGUUUGUUUACCCUUUGAAGUCCGCUGGACCCGUCGAACUUGACAAGAGCGAGGUGCUCCGUACUGGGCUGAAGUACGACCGUCAGUUCACUCUCGGACAGUAUGUGACGAGCAUGCCAGGUCUGGAUGGGAAAGUCACGAGCGAAUGGCAGUUCUGCACACAGCGCAAAUUUCCUCGCCUGGCCAAGGUCGAGACAGAGAUUUGGGUCCCAGAUCCAUCUGCGCCUGGAUACAAAGAAGAUGGCGAAUGGGUCAAGAGUGAGGGAUGUCUGGUGAUACGCUUUCCCUUCUCACAAGACACCGACUUUUCUCUUCAAGGUCUCCAGGCCUGGGGCAAGAUUCUUGCUGCACAAAUGGCCGGCAAGUCAGAGCCAAUGUUGGAAUUCCGAGUGCCUUUCAACCCGUCCCAAGAGCGUAUCAAGAGCAAGGGCUACAAGAGCGAGACACUGCGUAUCUGGAAGGACUCACCAGUAGCCUUGAACAUGGGCCCUGAAGUUGACCCGGAGAUGCUGGCGAAGCUGAAGUACACCAUUGGCACCACCAAUCCCGUCACUCUGUUCAGGAUUGAUACGAAUAAGUUCCGCGAGGUCUACAAGUGCGCGCCGAAGAAAGAAGAUGUAGGCUUUCAGGCAGCUAUUGGCAUGCAGGAUUCGUACCCCGUGCAUAUCUUGAACCUCGCCUCUGUCCACGAUGUCGCCAGCAAACUACCCAGAGACAUGAACGACGUAAACACUAUGUGGAAAAUUCCAACUGUCAACGCCCUCCGCUACCGAGCCAACAUCUACUUCACCGGCCCACCAGCAUUCCACGAAGACAACUGGAUCAGGACGAAAAUUGGAUCAACAAAUUACCAUAUCUCUUGCCGCACCACACGCUGCAAGCUGCCAAACGUGGACCCUGAGACUGGCAAGGCUGAUCCAAACGAGCCACUAACUACGAUGCGCAAGUACAGAGUGAUUGACGAGGGAAGCAAGAACGCAGUCUUGGGUAUGCAAGUCACGCCAUUAGAGGCCGGAGAGGUAAAGGUUGGCGACAUAAUUGAGGUGCUUGAGACGGGAAGUCACUACUUUCUUGCUGGGGAGGGAGAGAAGGUUAUAGGAUAG